CAUACCGUCCCAAACCAUGGAACCGUUCGUCUAAGCCAGUUUACCUUGACAUAUUUACAACGAAACGGCCGUGCAACGCAUCGCGUGCUAUACGCAUCAAACGUGACGAAUAAUAAUUUACUUCCCCAAAACUGUACCAGCAAACGGAUACGAUUUGGCGGCACCGUCCUAGCAGGGAAUGAUUUUAAUAACCAAACACUAACAUUACAAAUGUUAAUUAAGUAACUUUGUGAUGCUGCAAACUUUAAUCCCAAAUAGCGAAGCUUCACAAGCAGUUUGAAAGCUACACACCUUCAUUCAUUAAGUGUCUAAGGGUGUUGUCUACAUUGUUGUUCAAAAUUAAUAAUAAUGAAUAAUCGCUCGUAAAAAUGCCAUUCAUUACACGUGGACCAAAGCUAUCUGAUGUUUAAAGUUAUAAGAAAUAUUUUUGCACAAAAAAAAAUUCCGAACCAUUCUACCGAUUAUGGUCACGUUUUCGCACAGUUUCUCAUUUCAUGGUUAAUAGCUACCCUUUUUCCGUUAGCUCAGCAGCACUUAUUAAAAUCGUUCCCAAACUCGUGGCUCUAAAAGCUUUCAUCGUGUCAAAUCGACCCGUUUAGAACAGGUGCCAUAGAUCGAUCAGAAUGUGCAAGUACCGGACUCAUCCAGUGCCAUAAUUAAACUGACCCACUGAGGCCACCCUCUAUGAAACGUUGCAGGGAAGCAGGUGAUAUGGCCCUCCCGACACGGUAUCAGUGUUGAUGUGCAAAUGAUGGUAGAUUCGCGAUGUGUCGUGCUCAUGGUACCGGACACCGGAACACCGAAAGUACCCCGAUAGUAAACCGCGAUACAAGUGGGUAGUUUAAUAAUUUGCCCAGUACGCGAUGUUUCUCGCGACCGGAUAUUAGCAACAUGUGCUGUCGGGGAACAUUCCGAGAUGAUCGGGACGUAUAAAUAGCAAAUAUUCACGGUAUGCUGUACGACAUUCGUUCCACUGGGCUUUGGUGCAACUGUGCUGUGGAAGUACGGCACCACUGAUUUGGGUGCACAACUUAGUACGUUGUGACACUUGAUGAGUACGAACGGGUGUUAGUAAGUAGUUCAGUGUUGCCAGUGAGAGUUAAAAUAUGAAGUGCGUAUUGCGUGGUGUAUUGCUUACCAGCGCUACUUUGCUGCUGCUGGGUCAAGUUGCGUGCGGUCUUUCCCUAAGACCUCGCCGUGACCUUGUGGAGACGGGUAAGGCAAUAGUGCUCCAGGGUGUCUCCAAGCUGAAGGAAGCGCUUGACCACGGUGUCAACAUGAAAUCGGAGGGAAAACGUUCUAUAGAUCUGUUUGGAUUUAAAUUCGGUGGCGGGUCAAGCGUAAACACCGGUUUCGGUGAUGCUGCAAAUGAAGAAGCUUCGGAAAAUGAGGACGACCUAGUGCGCCGUCGACGGAGUAUAGAUGUGUUGAAAGCUGCCUAUGCCGUUAGUCUACUACCGCAGUCACCUUCUGGCACGAAUGUCAACAUCGUAAAGGUUAGCUCGGUGUCGAAUGUCAAUAAUUUUGGGGAAUUGCCGGUAGCUGAACCGGGAACAACGGCUGCUCCACCAGUAGCCGAAAGACGUCGCCGUUCCCCCGAUAUGGUACAGAUGGCCGGUUUCGAAAAGCAAACGUACUCGGUAGACAGUGAUAUCCGAGCUAAUCAGAAAGUAAAAACGCACGAAACGCUGGAAACAGUACGUGCUGGUAGCCGUACGUUAGUAAGGGAAAAUUCAGUUCGAAACAAGAGGACUCCUCAGUCAGAGGGAGAAGAAUCUGAAGAUCCUCCGCGUGGUCCGCCACCAAAGGGUCCACAUGGACGGGGUCCACCACCAUGUCGUAGAGGUCCGCCACCAGAUAAGGAGGAAGACACAACCAUGACCACAGCCACAGUAGAGCGACGUAAACGAGAAACGAUCGCGCAGCUGGACAUCGAACACCGCAGAAAACGAUCACCGAAGGGACCUCCGGAAGGUAUGAAGCGUGCUUCGUGCCGUGGUGGAGGUGGGCAAAAUACAACUCCUCGUACUGAAGAAGUGCGUAGGAAGCGUGAUACGUCUGACCAAAGCAGUGACUACAGUGAGCACAGCGGAUCGGAAUCGGCGGAAUCGCAAGAACAAGGAAAGGGAAGCUCGCUUAAAAUGCAGCGCAAUCGGCGCCAGGCAUUCGGAGGUGGUAGUGAAAUGUCCGGUAAGGUAGGUAGCUGGUUCGAGCAGCUUGCCGGUGUGUUUGUCGAUACGGUCAAGAAGGUGGUUGAUGUGACGAAGAAGACUUUUAACAGGGGACAAACUGAACCUUAAUCGGUUUCUGAACUGAACUUAACGUAUGCAGUCUCGUUCCCGGUUGUCGUCUCUGCGUUGCGAUGGUGUGAUUUGAAAUGGAAUCAAACGUAUUGUUCCUAUGUUAUAUGCUAAAAUGUUGUUUAAUAAAGUUAAAGAAGUAAAACAGUAUAACAUUCAAA